AUGAAGUCUAAUCUUUCGAAGAGAAAGAACCAGCUAUUAGAGAGUAAAGAAGUAGCAACAGAAGACUUAAGAACUCACAAGAUAAGACAAGAGAAAAAGGAAAGAGCUAUCUGCAGAGCAAAGAUAUACAUGCUCAUUGGAGUAGCUAUACUGUGCCAUGUGUGGGACAGAGUGUUGACAGUAGAUGGGCUAAGAAAUGUCCAAAUAAAAGCUGCUGCUAUUUCUGAAGAAACAGAAGAAGGCAGUCAAGGUGGAGAGAAAUUCUCAGUAGUAGAAAUAACUAGAAAUAUUGGGUUUAUGACUAGGAAGAGGUUUUUGUCGCCUGAGAUACAUCUAGAGCACUCUAUAGAAGUUCUCAAAAAAGACUCUAAAAAUAUAGAGACGGGCAAUGAAGAAAACUCAGAUAAGCACAAACCAAAGGAUUCUAUCUACAAACACACACGAAACAUCAGCCAGGAUAGAUUACGCAAUAGCCUUCCAUAUGAAGGUAGCUUGCUCAGAUACAAGAAAGGAUACUUUAACACGCUUCUUGAGCUGUUCCCCUCGCUUGAUGGAUUUGCGUCAAUACAUUCAGAAAAUGUUGAAUCUUUCUAUGUAUUUAUUAACAGCACUUCUGUAAAAGAGCAUAAGCACAAAAUACUUGCCUCGCUGCUACUGCUUGCAGAGGGAGUGUAUGUGCCACUGGAAGUUAAUAAAGAUGAGAAAAGAACUGAUCUGGUUCUUAAGAAGGAAAAUGGCCAAGAAGAGCACUUCAGAAUCAAUAUGGUUUUUAUGGCUAACAUCAGUAAAUAUAAGGAAAAAUCCACAGAUGUGCAUAAAGAGGUAUUGCAAGAAAAGGCAAUUGAUGUUAUAAACUUUUUUAUAGAAAGCAGAGAAAAAACAGUUUCCAAAAAAGAGAGUUCCACUCUACAGCUAUUUUUCUGUAGAAAGCUUGUGGAUAACGAGUUUUUAAACAGCCCUAGCUUCCUUAUACAAGCGUAUAUACACCACUGCAUAAAGAAUACAGAUGAGAUGAUUUUAUUCAUUCAAAUGGUGCAUGAUCUACUAAACGAGUUUAUAGAGGAGAAAGAGGAAGUUUCAAGAGAAAAUCGUGUAGAAGAGGCCGUGAAUAAUCUUCUAAGUUUGUAUAUGGAGGAUAGAGGAGUCAAACCAGAAGAUAAACAGCCUGAUAACGAAACUGCAGAGCAAGAAAAGAAUGUGAAUGCCAAAUGCAAUAUACCAAAGAAAUAUAUUUCAAUUGAAAAAAGAAGAAUAGAUGUAGCACAUUUAAAAAAAAGGUCUCUAUACAAUGAUUAUAUAUCCCGAAGGAUUUAUAAUCUAUGUCUCAAACCAAUUGAAGAUCACCUUCUCGGCGAAGAGAGUAUGAGUAGUAAUAUGAGCGAGGCUAACUAUUGUGAGACUGCGCUACUUGGCCUGUUCUGCACCGCUGCAUAUAGCGCGAUUGAUAAUAUAUACACAGUUGAUCACAUAGAGUCUGUCUCUAAGGAGCUGAAAGGCUUUUUCAGAAAGUACAUGUGCACCCCUAUAGACAAGGCAUUGUUAAAGAGAAUGCACCAAGACUGGAAAGAUAUAAUGUUCGGAGAAAAUAACCAGGAAACACAAUAUAUGUGGAUAGACGGAAAAAAACUUAUGCCAGGAUUGAUAAAUAUACUAUAUGGAUUUUCAAAGAUAGCAGGUAUAUGUGACUUAAGUAAGAUAGAUGAGAUUAGAAGAAGGGUGGAUGAUAUGAACAUUAAUGGUUCCGUAGAUGACUCUAAUAAAAUAGAGAAAGAAAAGAAGGAAGGACUUGAGAAUAUGAUAAGCGCAUAUAUGGCUGAGUUAAUUAAGAAAAUUGCAUUAAGUCAUGAUGUUAGUGUUCAGACAUCCAUCAACUCUAAAAUGUCUUUUAAAGAUGGUUGUAGUGAUGUAUUUGGACGCCUAGGAAUAUCUUAUACUCCCAUUGAUAAAUAUGGCAAGUACCUCAAACAAGUCCGUUUCUAUCACUAUGAAUUUAAUAUCUGUCCUUAUUAUUCUAAUAAUAAUAAAGAACUGAAAUGGAAAACUAGUUUUGACAUUUCUAGAUUCAGAAAAAUGCCAAACAAUUUAAAAUCGAAGGAAAAGAAGGGAGAUCAAGAGAAGAAGGAAUUGUCUAUUAUAGAGAAAGUUGGAUUAUAUAUAGAUAAAGAAAUGCAGUUACAACGAACAAACAAAGAAAAAUGUAAGAAAAAUUCUAAUUUGGAUGAACAGAAGCAGCUCAAGCUUAGCUAUGCCGGCUGGUGCGAGAGUAUUAACACGCUUCUGCUUGAACCACAAAUUUAUAUCAGUGUGGAUAAAAGAAUGAUUCUAUUUGCAUUACUUCUAUUCGCAAAAGACCAAGGUUUUGAAAAAACCCAUCCUCUUGGAUGUUUAGCAGAUAAUAUUAUGAAAAAUUCUUGCUAUUCUUUUAGUACUUUUAAAACUGAUGUGCUUAUAAUGCAUAGCUUGGGGAUAGCAGACAAGUGCUAUCCAAAUACAUCCAUAAACAUGGAUGAAUAUAAAGAAAUCCCUACACGUUUUAUAACUGUAUUAAAACAUGUAUUAGAAUUAGCAAAUGAUGCAAAAUAUAUAUCUCAUAGAAGAUAUGCUAAUAUAAUCACGGACUUAAUGAUUAAAUUCCGAGAAACGUGCCUGGAGGAUAGCUACUAUUCGAGUUUGGAGUCAUUUGUUAAAAAGCUCUGUGAGGAAAAAAGAUUUUUACUUAUAAAGAUCUUAACACUGAAUGAAAAUAAUACAGACUAUAUUACUAAAUUUGUUAUGGAUAUGCAGAAAACAGAGAAAGAGCACCUAAUUGCCGAUUAUGAGAAGCAUAGUAACCUGUUCUUGCUAUGGUUUAUUUGCUGCAUAGAAAAAAAAUAA